AUGUCUGCCUUCCGCGCCCUCUCGAAACACACCCGCUCGCUCUCGCGCACCAUCCCCGCGCGCCCCGCCCCCGCCCGCGCGUUCCACUCGCCCUUCAAGGUGCUCGCCAACUCGCCGCUCACGAGCCCCCCCGCGCCGGGCUCGACCGUGUCCCCCAUCUACGAGAAGCAGCAGGACAGCUCGCCCGACCCGCGGAUGUCGCACGCGGGCACGCAGACGUACGUCGUCUCGGAGCCGGACCCCGCGGACACGCCGUACGAAGUGCCCUCGGGCGCAUACCCCACGUCCGCGCCGUACCACAACUUCGCGCAGACGGGCGCGCCGGAGACGGCCCACGGUGCGCAGCGUUCCUCAACCAGUGCGAGCACGGCUCACCCGACUCUGACCCGUGCCGUGCCCCAGAGUGAUGCGGGCGUGAUGGAGAGCGCUGCGGUCCGCCAUGGCGAGGCGCCCGGGCAGAUGCGCGCUGGGAGCGAGGGCGGCCUCGGGUUGAUGGACGCGAGCAAGACGACGGGUGGGGAGGGCAGCUUGGCGGAGCGGAAUCCUGCGCCGGACACGCCGGCCGUUGCGGAGAGGUGGUCGAAGAUGGGGAACGACAACGCCUGGAAGGAUCGGAAGUGA